CUGCGAAUAUGCUGCCCCCAGCCACGCCGGCCGCGCCCUGAUCCCCCGCAACCCCACCCCCCCAAUGCUCCCCCGCCGCCGCCGCCUCCGCCUCGCCGCCGCCGGAUCCACACGGCCGCGCCCCGCCCUCGAUCUGCCGUGGCACUGCUACCGCCGCCGCUGACCCUCGCUCGCCAGGGCGCGGCGCGGCGCGUCCCGUCCCCUCCUGUACUCUACUCUCAUCUCGCUGCCCCUUCGCCUCCCCCGCCGCUUGGGGCGCCCGCGCGGGGGUGGGCUCUGGGCGGGCGGCUAGGGUUUUCCGCGAUUCGGGCGCGGGGGGACCUAGGAGGGACCUAGGAGGGCCCGUGCCUGCUCGGGCUCUGCGGGCGCUGCUUCUCUCGCCCUAGGGGGUUGGUUUUUUUUUUUUUUUUUGUUCGUGUCCAGGAGGAGGAGGGGGGGGGGGGAGCUUGCAGGGCUCGAUUCGUGGUGGGUUUCGAGGGGGCACGCGCGCGCGCGCCGCCGAUCUGCGGCUGGCUGCGCCGCGGCAUUGAGAGUCCUGUUGGGUUGCGGAGGUGCUGAGGCUCCGAUUCGGUUGACCCCCGCUGGCGUUGAGCUCCGGAGAGGCACCGCCACCGCCUUUUAGCUCGUCUGGCGGUUUUGGUAAGCGUUUCGGUGGGCUCUGCCUCUGGGGUUAGCUGGUACUGGAGGGAACCAUGGCGGAGAACAUCGAUCUGGUGCUGGAGUUCCUGCGGAAGAACCGGUUCGCCAAGGCUGAGGCUGCGCUCCGCGGGGAGCUAAAUGGCCGAGGUGAUUCGAACAAUGGUCCGACGGUGCAGAGGCGUGUGCCGGAGCCUAAGGAGGAGGACGAGCAAGAGGGCUCUGAGGUUGGGUCCAAUGCAGGGCCGAGAGGUGCCGCGUCAGUGAGGAGCGCAGACUCGUCGAGGGAGUUUAUUGUGAAGGAGAUUGAUGUUGGAGCCCUGCCAAAUGGGUCGGAUGGGAGGAAAGGGUUGGGGAUUGGCCUGGCUCAGGAGAAUAAUACAGGAGAUCUGUAUCCUUGGAAUUUUAGCAUUGCAAACAGCACUAUGGAGCAAUUGGCAGAGCUAUUGGUGUCGGAGGAGGUGCCAAGACAGCGGCGCGGUACAGUUGUAGCUGACAAGAGAGAUCGGGGUGUUGGGACCGAGCAGCCUGGUCCGGUGCUUGAGCAAAAGGUUUCUUUUGGAAGAGGGAAGGGGAAAGUGGAUGUUCCAGGGAGAAAUGAAAUAAAUGAACCAGGCCACUCCAGGGAUAAAAAUCUUGUUCCAGAAAAGGAGGAGCUUUUGAAUGGAUGUACAGUUAAGACAGUUCUUCCAUUCCCUGCAGAAAAUCCAUCAUCCAGUUACCAUACAGCGCACCAUGAUGGAAAUGAGAGGAAGGACGUUAAGAAAAGCAUUGAUGCAGACUGUGUUGGAAAAGCAGCUAAGGGGCAGCUCGAUGAGGGGAACAGGCAGUAUUACUUGGGGAAGUCCCAGGAGAAUGCAGAUCAGGUUGCCGACCGUUGCUUCGAUCUGCAGCUGAUUGGAGACAAUCAACGUGAAGAGCUUCCAAAGUUGCCUCCUGUGAGGCUCAAGUCCGAGGACAAGCUAGUUAAUAUGAACUGGGAGGAAAAGGUCAACCAUAAUGGGUCAGGAGCCAAGCACCCCAGUGCUGACCAUGCUUUUAUGAUCGGGUCUUAUCUUGAUGUUCCUAUCGGGCAAGAAAUAACAUCAUCAGGUGGAAGACGCACAAUUGGUAGUAGCUGGCUGUCUGUCAGUCAAGGUAUUGCAGAGGAUACUUCUGACUUGGUAUCAGGCUUUGCAACAAUAGGUGAUGAUUCACUUGAAUAUCCAAAUGAAUAUUGGGAUUCUGAUGAAUAUGACGAUGACGAUGAUGUUGGGUACACCAGACAGCCAAUUGAAGAUGAAACCUGGUUUCUUGCACAUGAGAUUGAUUAUCCCAGUGACAAUGAGAAGGCAACUGGUCACACAAGUGGGCCUGAUCAGCAUGAUCGUCCUACAAAGGAUGAUGAUGAUGACCAGUCUUUUGUUGAGGAGGAUUCUUACAUAUCUGGCGAGCAAUAUUUUCACGGGAAGAACAUUGCACAAAUAGGUACUUCAGAGGGGCCAAUGGGGCAUGGGAUUCCUGAUAAUGAUAUGAUUGCUCAGUAUGAUGGCCAACUUUUGGAUUCAGAAGAACUAAAUUUGAUGCAUUCAGAACCAGUCUGGCAGGGAUUUGUUUCACAAAAUAGUGAAUUAGGCAUGUUAGGAAAUGGAAAAUUCCUUAAUGAUUCUGAGCGCCCUCAUCCCGACGACCCAUUUGUGGAGGAUGAUCAGCAUGGUUCGGUCAGGUCAAUUGGUGUUGGCAUUAGCAGUGAUGCUGCUGACAUGGGAAGUGAGGUGCGUGAAAGUCUGAUUGGAGGAAGCAGUGAAGGAGAUAUAGAAUACUUCAAUGAAAGCAAUCUGAGCAUUAGUGGAAAAAGAAGUUCUCAGCAAGAAACAGAAAAGAAAAGAGUAAAUGCGAAAGGGGCAAAACAGGAACAAUUGAGUUAUGUUGAUAACCAGAAGGGCAUUUUACCACCAGGAGCAGCAUAUGCUGAUGCUGGAUUCUCCUUUCCUCCACCAUUGCAUAGUGGAAAGAAUGUUGAAUCUGAUGUUAAACCGUUAUGGUCAAAGAAGGUUGAUAUGUAUUCCAUCAAUGAUCCUGAUGACUGUCAAAAUGGCAUGGUAUCAGAUGAUAUGCUUGCCACAUGGAGGAAAAAGAAUAGUGAGUCUUCCCUAAGGAGCUCUCGAGAUGAAAUGGCUUCUGAUGUUGUUAGGUCACGAAAUUCAAGCGCAUCAUCUGCUUUGAAUAAUACUUAUGAUGAAGUAGAUGACACAAUAAAUGCACGACAUCACAAGCUAGAUGACGCACAAGAAGACACCGGAACCACAUUGGAUGAUGAAGAAGCAGCAGCAUUGCAAGAGCAAGUAAGGCAGAUAAAGGCCCAGGAGGAAGAAUUUGAAACUUUUAAUCUGAAGAUCGUGCAUAGAAAAAACAGAACUGGUUUUGAAGAAGACAAAAAUUUCCAUGUUGUUCUGAACUCUGUCAUUGCUGGACGUUACCAUGUCACGGAGUAUUUGGGUUCAGCAGCAUUCAGUAAAGCUAUACAGGCACAUGAUUUACACACAGGAAUGGAUGUGUGUGUCAAAAUCAUAAAAAACAACAAAGAUUUUUUUGAUCAGAGCCUGGAUGAGAUCAAGCUCCUGAAGUAUGUCAACAAGCAUGACCCUGCUGACAAGUACCACCUUCUACGUCUGUACGACUAUUUCUACUAUCGGGAACAUUUGCUUAUAGUCUGCGAGCUUCUGAAGGCAAAUUUAUAUGAAUUUCAAAAGUUUAACAGAGAAUCAGGAGGUGAGGUCUAUUUCACAAUGCCAAGACUGCAGUCAAUAGCUAUUCAGUGUUUGGAGGCACUGCAGUUUUUGCAUGGACUUGGUCUUAUACAUUGUGAUCUGAAGCCAGAGAACAUACUGGUAAAGAGCUACAGCAGAUGUGAAGUAAAGGUCAUUGACCUUGGCAGUAGCUGUUUUGAGACAGAUCAUCUAUGUGCAUACGUACAAUCACGAUCUUACCGUGCACCUGAGGUUAUUCUGGGUUUGCCUUAUGACAAAAAGAUAGAUAUGUGGUCACUUGGAUGUAUACUAGCUGAACUUUGCACUGGAAAUGUCCUUUUCCAAAACGAUUCUCCUGCAACUUUACUUGCACGUGUGAUUGGCAUCAUUGGUUCAAUAGAACAAGCUAUGCUUGCACAGGGACGUGAAACAUACAAAUAUUUCACGAAAAACCACAUGCUGUACGAAAGAAAUCAGGAAAGUAGCAGGCUGGAGUACUUGAUUCCGAAAAAGACAUCCUUGCGGCAUCGCUUGCCCAUGGCUGACCAAGGUUUUAUCGAGUUUGUUGCAUACCUUCUUGAGGUAAAUCCAAAGAAGCGACCUAGUGCCUCAGAGGCUUUGAAACACCCAUGGCUUUCUUUUCCAUACGAACCAAUAUCUUCAUGACAUGGUUGCUAUUGGAUGGUGAUGUUUUCAAGCACUAUGUUGAGUGCCUUAACAUUUUCUCUUGGCACUAAGCACCAUGAAGUUUUGAUUGAUCAAGAUGAAACAUGUUCUACCACGACCUGCCCACAGCACGACCGAAGUGCAAAUGUCAGGAACUGUGCUGCUGCUGGGAAGGUCAUGAGCCCCCCUGUACUACCAAUGCUGCCCUGUGUUGUGAUGUAAUAUAACCUUCGGUUUUGUCAGUUCCUUGGCCCCAAUGUAACAGGCCAUUUCGUUAGAUACAUUUGCGACCCCAUUUUUAGGAAUAGGGCUGUCAUGUUGUACAUGGUGUUUUUAUUGUUGAACCAUGUGCCUUGUUGUGCACUUGCAUUUGUGGUUCUAACCCAUUCUUCUGUACAUCUCGCACCUCCAGGUGCUUAGGACAUGCCCUCCAGGCUUGUUUUGCCGAGAAGCGUACCAGGUUUUACA